CCCAGGCUCAGCAAGGCAGCAGCCCGCUCCCAUCAGUUCCUCUCCUGUCGACAGAGAGGGAGGCGCCGCCAUCGCCGCCACACGGGCACACGGCCGCAGCCAGCGCCGCUCCCCUCCCAGGCGUCGCCGGUCGGCCGCCGGCUCCCCUCUGGCCUUUUCCUUCUCCUCGCCGGCUCGCUCCCACGCUCCGCUGUGCUGUCCCCUGUCGGCUGUCGCCGAGACGCCGACGCCAGCUAACCCGCUCCCAUCACGGCGCCGGCCGGCGGCACGGUCCCCUCCCCUCGCCGGCUCGCCUCCAACCUGCAGGGCGUCCGCACUCCGCACCAUUUCUGCCUCCUCCGCGGCGCCAGACCGGCACUGCCGACCUACCGUAGCAAGUUAGCAAGGUCUCUUGGCCUUGCGUGGAGGGAGGGAGAAGGGAUAGAGGAGGAGUCCGGCGCAUCUGGAUCGGCGACGCCAAGCUUACUUUCUCCGUUCCACGCAUCCUUCUCCACCUCCUCCCCGCGACCCCGGCGGUGCUAUAUCACGUGGUCGUUGCGAGGAGGUGCGCCUCAUCCCUCCUUCGUAGCAGCUUCAGCAGGAGGACGAAGAUGGUGGCAUCAGCGGCGAGGAAGAACGCCGGGGUGCUCGCGCUCUUCGACGUCGAUGGCACCCUCACCGCCCCCCGCAAGGAGGUGACGCCGGAGAUGCUCGAGUUCAUGAAGCGCCUGCGUGAGAAUGUGACCGUCGGUGUGGUGGGGGGAUCCGAUCUGGUCAAGAUCUCCGAGCAGCUCGGCAAAUCAGUUAUCACCGACUAUGACUACGUCUUCUCCGAGAAUGGCCUGGUCGCGCACAAGGACGGCAAGCUCAUCGGGACGCAAAGCUUGAAAACGUAUCUUGGAGAUGACCAGCUUAAGGAAUUCAUUAACUUCACUCUUCAUUACAUUGCGGAUUUGGAUAUCCCAAUUAAAAGAGGCACAUUCAUAGAAUUCAGGAGUGGAAUGAUCAAUGUGUCGCCUAUAGGGAGGAACUGUAGUCAAGAAGAACGUGAUGAUUUUGAGAAGUAUGAUAAGGUACAUAACGUUCGGCCUAAAAUGGUGUCAAUGCUUCGUGAAAAGUUUGCACACCUGAACCUGACUUUUUCUAUUGGAGGGCAGAUCAGUUUUGAUGUAUUCCCACAUGGCUGGGACAAAACCUACUGCUUGAGAUAUCUCGACGAAUUCAAAGAAAUUCAUUUCUUUGGGGACAAAACCUACAAGGGUGGCAAUGAUCAUGAGAUAUUUGAAUCUGACAGAACAGUUGGUCAUACUGUCACCAGCCCUGAUGACACAGUGCAGCAGUGCAGAUCUAUCUUCCUGUCAAAGUGAUCGCCAGACUAUUGUCGAAAUUAAAUUUGUGUUCUCCACACCCCCUUGAACCCUAAACUUCCUCAGUAGAUCUCCCUGUUCACUGUUCAGGAAUAAUUCCUCAGUAGAUCUCCCUUUGAACUCGUUCAAUUUUUGCAUCCCUCCCCGUCAUUGUUGUUGUAAACAUAACCGUAUUGGUAUACAUUCACAAACAGCGGAUUUUGUAUGCGCGCAUUUGGCGCAAAUGUAUCAGGGCAUAUUUGGCCCGUGAGGGCCUCUGUUGUUUGUUUUUAUGGAAGAAAAAGAGUUAGUGGUUUGAAA